GUGUGUCUGUGUGUGUGUGUGUGUGUGUGUGUGUGUGUGUGUCAGCAGCUUUUUACUUUAACUUCCUCCCGUGUUGUGAUGCAGAUAUGUUUCCUCCAGGUUAAACUUUUGGGAUUAAAGAUGGAGACGCCUCAAGAAGUCGUCUUGGGAAUUUUAGAUAAUUUGGGAACCGACGACUUUGAAAAAUUUAAGUGGUACCUGCAGGGAGUCCUAAAAGACUUCCCAGCAAUCCCAAAGAGUAAACUGGAGAAUGUAAACAGGGUGAACACAGUGGAUACGAUGUUCCAGACCUACAGUAUAAACACUAUUAAAGUGACCAGAAUAGUUUUAGUUAAGAUUAAUCAAAAUGAUCUAGUGGAGAAUUUAUCAAACAUCAUCUCAGAACCUGCAGAGAUUCUUACUGCAUGCCAGCGAAAAGUCAAAUCCAACUUACAUAAGACUUUCCAGUGUGUGUUUGAGGGAAUUGCUAAAGCAGGAAACCCAACCCUUCUGAAUCGGAUGUUCACAGAGAUCUACAUCACAAAGGGAGGGACUGCAGGGGUCAAUAAUGAACAUGAGGUCAGACAGAUUGAAACAGCAUCCUGGAAACAAGACAGACCAGAAACAACAAUAACAUGUGAAGACAUCUUUAAAACCCCACCUGGAAGAGAAGAACCAAUCAGAACAGUGAUGACAAAGGGAGUGGCUGGCAUCGGGAAAACAGUCUUAACACAGAAGUUCACUCUGGACUGGGCUGAAGACAAAGCCAACCAAGACAUCCAGUUCACAUUUCCAUUCACCUUUAGAGAGCUGAAUGUGCUGAAAGAGAAAAAGUGCAGCUUGGUGGAACUUGUUCAUCACUUCUUUAGUGAAAUCAAAAAAGCAGGAAUCUGCAGGUUUGAAGACUUCCCGGUUGUGUUCAUCUUUGACGGUCUGGAUGAGUGUCGACUUCCUCUGGACUUCCUCAACACUGAGAUCCUGACUGAUGUUACAGAGUCCACCUCAGUGGGUGUGCUGCUGACAAAUCUCAUUAGGGGGAAACUGCUUCCCUCUGCUCGCCUCUGGAUAACCACACGACCUACAGCAGCCGAUCAGAUCCCUCCUGAGUGUGUUGACAUGGUGACAGAGGUAAGAGGGUUCACUGACUCACAGAAGGAGGAGUACUUCAGGAAGAGAUUCACAGAUGAGGAGCAGGCCUACAUAAUCAUCUCCCAUAUCAAGACAUCACGAAGCCUCUACAUCAUGUGCCACAUCCCAAUCUUUUGCUGGAUCACUGCUGCAGUUCUAAAGAAGGUGUUAAAGACCAUAGAGGGAGGGGAACUGCCCAAAACUCUGACUGAGGUGUAUAUCCACUUCCUGGUGGUUCAGUCCAAACGGAAGAACGUCAAGUUUCAUGACAAACCUGAAACAGAUCCACCCUGGAGUCCAGACACCAGGAAGAUGAUUGAGUCUCUGGCAAAACUGGCUUUUGAGCAGCUGCAGAAAGGCAACCUGAUCUUCUAUGAAUCAGACCUGAGAGAGUGUGGCAUCGAUAUCAGAGCAGCCUCAGUGUACUCAGGAGUGUUCACACAGAUCUUUAAAGAGGAGAGUGGAAUGUACCAGGACAAGGUGUUCAGCUUCAUCCAUCUGAGUGUUCAGGAGUUUCUGGCUGCUCUUCAUGUCCAUCUGACAUUCACCAACUCUGGAGUCAACCUGCUGUCAGAAGAACAAACACCAUCAUGGCUGCCUAAAGUCUUCAGAGAAAAACCUAAACUAACACAGUUCUACCAGAGUGCUGUGGACAAGGCCUUACAGAGUCGGAAUGGACACCUUGACUUGUUCCUCCGCUUCCUCCUGGGUCUUUCUCUAGAAUCCAAUCAGAAUCUUCUACGAGGCCUGUUGACACAGACAGGAAGUAGCUCACAGACAAACGAGAAAACAGUCAAGUACAUCAAGAAGAAGAUGAACAGGGAUAUGUCUGCUGAGAGAAGCAUCAAUCUGUUCCACUGUCUGAAUGAACUGAAUGAUAGUUCUUUAGUGGUGGAGAUCCAACAGUACCUGAGAUCAAGACGUCUCUCCACAGAUAAACUGUCUCCUGCUCAGUGGUCAGCUCUGGUCUUCAUCUUACUGUCAUCAGAAGAAGAUCUGGACGUGUUUGACCUGAAAGAAUACCGUGCUUCAGAGGAAGCUCUUCUGAGGCUGCUGCCAGUGGUCAAAGCCUCCAAAAAAGCUCUACUGAUUGGCUGUAACCUGUCAGAGAGAAGCUGUGAAGCUCUGUCCUCAGUUCUCAGCUCUGAGUCCUCUAGUCUGAGAGAGCUGGACCUGAGUAACAACAACCUGAAGGAUUCAGGAGGGAAGCUGCUGUCAGCUGGACUUCAGAGUCCACACUGUAAACUGGAGAAUCUCAGUCUGUCAGGCUGUCUGAUCUCAGAGGAAGGCUGUUCUUCUCUGGUCUCAGCUCUGACCGCCAACCCCUCCCAUCUGAGAGUGCUGGACCUGAGAUACAAUCACCCAGGAGACUCAGGAGUGAAGCUGCUUUCGGAUGGACUUAAGGAUCCACUUUGGAGACUGGACACUCUCAGGGUGGAGCCUGCUGGAGUCAGAUGGUUGACACCAGGUCUGAGGAAGUGUAAGUGUGUUUUUCAUUUCAUUCAUGGGACUGUGACAUCACUCAUUCAACCCUCUGAUGCCUCUAGCUGUCCACUGGGGGCGCUUCAUAGUGUGCGACCCAGUAGUCUCCCAGUCGUUUUGUUUGUUUUUAUCGUGUCUUAAAUUGUUUUAAACCUUGUUUUUAACUGUGGCGUGGGUGCGUAUGAAAGAAAUUACUUGUCAGUGUUUCAGCAAUGCAGAUUAUGGGAUUACUCGUGGAGCUUUUUGCAAUUUUUUGCGUGUCAAUGCUUCUUCUGGGAUUUGCCAGUCACGCCGUAGGACAUGGUGUAUACGGGAAAGUAAGCCGUGAGCUUCUCCUGUCCUUACGGACUUCUACAGUGGGAACUGUAUCACCGGGCAUACCGAUGGAACUUUGUAGGCCGUCUAAGUCGUCAGGCCAUCGGAAACGAGGAAAAAGAGGUGGUUUGCGUCGGAGACUUAAGACUCUUCGGCUUGAAAACCUCCGCAAAUUACAACCACUUCCUUCGGUCCUGUUGUCAAAUGUACAGUUUAUCAGAAACAAGAUAAAUGAGCUGGAAACAUAUGCCAAGUUUAAACGGGAAGUUCAAAACACUUGUCUCCUUGCCUUUACUGAAACAUGGCUCGGUGAUGCAAACCCGGACUCGGAUCUUAUCUUAACUGGGUUUGGAAGCCCAAUUCGUAUGGAUCGGUCAUCGAAGAUCACCGGCAAGAAUCGAGGAGGAGGCGUGUGCUUCUAUGUGAACGAAAGGUACUGUAACACUGUCGUGAUCAGAGAGAAGAUAUGUACCCCAUAUGUGGAAUUGUUGACUAUUUCUCUCCGUCCCUUUUAUUUGCCGCGUGAGUUUCAACAGCUCUUUUACACAGUAGUGUACAUUCAUCCACGGGCCAAUGCCUCAGUUGCUGCCCAGCUGAUUGCUGACGUCACGCAUAAACUGGACUCUAUCUGCCCCGAGGCACCCAAGUUUAUCCUUGGAGAUUUUAAUCAUUGCAAUUUAAAAAAUACGUUGAGGACGUAUGAACAGUAUGUGACUUGUUCUACCACACAGAAGAACACUAUGCUAGAUUUAUGCUAUGGCUCAGUAAGCGGGGCUUAUAAAUCUCUGCCUAUGCCUUCUUUUGGUGAUUCUUACCAUGGCAGUGUCUAUCUUAUGCCGGUAUACAAACCAUUUUUCAGGCGCCUAGAGCGGGAACAAAGGACAGUGAAAAUCUGGUCAGAGGCCAGUAACUCCUCCAUCCAGGCUUGCUUUGAGUGUACAGACUGGCAAUGUUUUUAUGAGGGUUGUGAUGAUAAUAAUGAACUUACAGACACUGUUUCAUCAUAUAUUACAUUCUGUGUGGAUUCAGUAAUUCCUUCUAAAAAAGUGGUUAUUUUCCCAAAUAAUAAACCUUGGGUGACCAAAGAACUUAAAUCAGCCAUUAACAAAAAGAAAAGAAUAUUUUAUUCAGGAAACCCCCAGGAGAAAAAAGCGGCUUCCAGAGAAGUUAAGGUCGAAAUAAGGAAGGCCAAAUGGAAUUAUAGAAAUAAAAUUGAAAGUCUGUAUUGUAGAGGGGACCUCAGGGCAGCCUGGACAGGUAUAAAAUCCAUGGCAUCAAUUAAUCAAUCUUCCUGUAGGAUCAAGCAGGUCAUUCAUGUAAAUGGUGUGGAAAAUGCAGACUUGGCAAAUGGUUUUAAUUCUUUCUUUUCUCGUUUUGAAAGGUCUGAUUUUGUGAAUGAUAUCCCUAAAAUGCGGGAAUCUUUGGUUCCAGAGAAUGGUCUAGUGAUAACACAAAGUAAUGUCACAAAUCUUUUCAAGAAAGUAAACAUACGUAAAGCUGCUGGCCCUGACUCCAUCUGUGGACGCGUUUUGCGUUAUUGUGCGGACCAGCUCUGUGAGGUGUUUACAACUCUUUUUCAGAUGUGUAUCGAGUGUGGUCAGAUUCCUGCCAUAUGGAAAACAUCAAUUAUAAUACCUGUCCCUAAAUCUAAUAAUCCAAGAGAAAUGAAUGAAUUCAGACCUGUGGCACUAACAUCACUAGUGAUGAAAACUUUUGAGAAAAUACUGAAAGAUGAAAUUGUCUCCUUAAUCGAUGGAAAAUUAGAUCCACUACAAUUUGCCUAUCAAGCUGGGAAAGGUGUGGAUGACGCUAAGAUUUUCAUUUUAGAUAGAUUAUAUAAGCACCUCGAAAAACCUAAGUCACAUGCAAGACUUUUAUUUGCUGAUUUCUCUUCAGCUUUUAAUAAGAUGCAGCCUCAUAUUCUAAUAGAGCGACUGGCCUCUUAUUUUAAUCUACCUGAUCAGAUUUUAUUGCUGCUCUUAAAUUUCUUAACAGACAGACUCUUUAUGGAUUGUCUGUGCGGGACAAGAAUAGACUAAGCAGUAUUGU